AUGCUGUUUGACUGUCGCAAUGAUGCCCUUAUUACAGGUAACACACACACAAACUGUCCAACCUGUCUUAACAUUUUUUAUUUGUACCCUGUAUCGGUAUGAAAUCAUUAUUUUGCUGAGGAAUGUAAGUACUGAUGUAGCCAGCUAUUUUGACCUCUAGGCCACAUGAUCUUAGCUACAACUCCCGAAACCUCCCAAAUACAAUAACAAUUACAUUCCUGUGGAUUUACUGUAAAUGUUUGAUUUGUCUCAUCUCAUCACAGGGUUGGUAUUGUGGGACAAGGAGCCACUGAAGAACAACGUCAUUAUAACAGACAAGCCUUUCACCAACUUCAAAGUCAUCACAUCUGACUCUACUGCUGAUAAAUUAUCUAUUUUAAAUGCUAAUGCUUCUCUCAAAUCAAGCUUUUUGGCAAGGCUGUUUGAGGUCGCGGGAUCAACUAGAUACACACUUUUGUACACCAUUACGAAGAAAAACAUGUAACUGGCCAUGAACUACCUUGGGCAGGAAAACUUAAAAGAACAAGGAUGUGUGGGGCACCCUUAUGGAAAAAACACAUUCAUUUCACAUGUGAAGUGUUCCAAAAACAUGUUUUCAUGUGAUCACAUGUGAUCUUACGUGAAGUUAAUGUCUAAACAUGUGACAACAUGUAAAGCAACAUAUGAUAACAUGAAACAACACGUGAAAACAUGUGAAGUGUUCCAAAAACAGAGAUUUUUUUGAGCUGAACAGUUAUCUUGCAGUGUCCAUGGGGAUUUCCUCCUUGAAAACAGCUCUGUAUCUUUUCAACAAGCCAUACACAUCUAGAAAACCCUGCCUCAAAACUGGGAGAGGGGGGGUCGCUUUGCAAGUGAAUCUGCUUCCAUUACAGGUGUUGGACUCCACUGCCACCAAGUUGGUUCGUCAGAUCAGUGUAAGUUUAGAAGGGCAAUCGCAGAAGAUGCUGGAAGACCUCAGUGAGCUGGAGAUAAGAUGUAACGAUGCAAUGAAAAGCGAGCCAGUAAAAUACUUCAAGGAGACUGGUGCAAAAGAGAGAAAACGUUCAGAUAACUUCAAGUAAUCAUUGGCAGAUCUCCUUCCGUCUGUUAGAGGGAGGGACAAAGAAUAGCGUGUGUUGGCUGACAUCUUGAAAUGUCUGCAAGAGUCUCCCUUCAACACCAGCAUCCUCAAUGAAUGUAUGGAUUCCAUUGAGGAAAAUAUCAAUGUGAUUGAUCAGUUUUUAAGAAUGAUUACAGAUGACUACAGUCAAAGGUUCACUAAGAUAGUGACAUCUAAGAGUGAACUUGACAUAGAGGUCUUUAACUCAAAG